UGUGGCUUGCAGGCGGCCGCUGCCCGGGAGGACCAGUGAGUGCCAGUCUCUCCCCAAGAUGGCGGCGCCGGGGGUGUUACUGCUCCUCUUACAGGGCUGUGCUGUUCUGGCAGUGGAGCUCAGUACAAGCAAUCAGAAUCCAGUGGUCGAGGAAUAUCAAAGUGUCGAGCUGUCCUGUAUCAUUAAGAGUACCACCACAAAUGAUCCCAGAAUUGAGUGGAAGAAAAUCCGAAACGAUGAGACAUCAUACGUGUAUUUUGACAACACAAUUCAAGGGGAUCUUAAAGGGAGAGCCAAAAUCCAAUCAAAGAGUUCUCUAGUAAUUCUAAAUACCAGCAGAUCAGACAAUGGCAAGUACCGCUGCGAAGUGGCUGCCGUCGAUGACAGUAAGAAGAUUGAUGAGAUUAAUAUCUUCCUGACUGUGAGAGUAAAACCUGUUGCUCCCAAGUGUACUGUACCCAAAUCUGUCCCCGUGGGUAAAUCGGCUGCCCUUCACUGCCAGGAGAAUGAGGGGUACCCCAGUUCUGUCUACAGUUGGUAUCGCAAUAGUGACCCUCUGCCCAAUGACUCAAAGACCAACACGAAAUUCGUAAAUUCUUCAUUCACACUUGACCCGAAGACCGGUACCCUAACAUUUUCUGCAGUAAGUAAAGGGGACAUGGGACGGUAUUACUGCAUUGCCAGCAAUGACGCCGGUUCAGCGAAAUGUGAUGAACAAGUUCUGGAAGUGUAUGAUCUCAACAUUGGAGGCAUUGUAGGAGGAAUAUUGGUUGUCGUGUUGGUCCUGUCCUUAAUCACCGCUGGCAUUUGCUGUGCCUAUCGGAAGGGUUACUUUGCAAGCAACAGCCGUUCCACUGGACAGAGCUUCAAGAAUCCUGGAAAACCAGAAGGGGUUAAUUACUUACGGACAAACGAUGAGGGCGACUUCCGACACAAAUCUUCAUUCGUCAUCUGAGCUGUCCAGCUGUGCGAGGCACAUUAACUCCCUGCUAGAAUAUUGCACUCCGAAGGGUGAAGAAAUCCCAUCAAUGAACUCUUGAGAUUUGCCAAAGUCUAUAACCAGACCAUCCUCCGUUGGAAACGAGCCUGACACCUUGUGGAAUAUAAACAUCCUUGGUGAUACAGGCCUGUGUAUAAUAAGCGUGAUUUCUAGAACAUUACGUAUCCAGGAGACUGAAGUCUCCCCUAAACAAGCACAGACUGUUUUGAAGUUCCCUUUACAGUAUUAACAAUGUCACUGCCAAAAUGGACAUACUAGGCCUUCAGAAAACGUUGCUCCCAACAAGGCCGAGCAGCAUCGGGGAAAAUUCAGACUGCGAUUUGUUAGAACUUCACUGCAAAUCUUUCUUCUGUGGUUAAAUAGUUUCUUGUAUGACUUCGAGCAUUCAUUCCUUAAUCGAAACGCCAAAGCACACAUAACUGAACUUACUCUGCCACUAAAGUUUGUUUUCCUUUUAAGUCAAGUCUCCUUUUAGGCAGGAGAUAGCUCGCAAUGUGCUGAUACUGAAGGAGUUUGACAAAUGAUUUGCUGCAAAGGUCUAUUUUGAAUAUGUAGGAAAGACAUUUCUAUUUAAAUGUAAAUAUUGUUUUAAAUUUUUUUUCAUUUUAUACAAAUACCAGGAUGAUAGUGUAAGUAGUUAUUUCACUGUUUGACAACUGAGCCAGCAAAACACUGUUGCUUCUGACAUGAAUAAGGCUAUUUGCUGAUUCCAUGAAAUGUAUAAAUAUUGUAUGGGCUGUGUGUCCCUCCCUGCAGGGGAGCCAAGCAUUUUAUUAAUGAUUCCCAGCAGUAUGAUUGAUUGAAAACAUACAGAACAUCAGUGUCCAGUAAAAUUGGAUGAGGAAAU